AUGCUCACUGUUGAGACCAGAGGACACAAGAUGUCAGAACAGAGCCACCUCAUGAUUCUUGCAACAGCCCUCAAAAGCAUCAACCUGGCUUUUGAGGCUCAAUUCAAUGCACUCACCAAUGACAUGGCCACAGAGGCCGUUCUCAAGGCACUUGACUGUGUUGAGGCCUCCCAUCACACCAGCCCCAGCUCUGACACCAUCCUCUACACCAGCCAAGGCCAGCACCACGGGCGUCCAGCAUUCCAACACCAUCAAUUGUCUGUUCUUGCCACCAUGACUGCUGCUGCCACUGCGGCCCGCCUGAGCGAUUUCGCCAUUGUCAGUGAGUCUGCUGCUGGUGCUGCUCUCUCCUCUGAGCCAACACCCAAUAAACCAUUCCAGAACUACUUGGUCUUCUCCCUGGUCACGCCUGUCCAUCUACCUACCAUCACUGACACUGGUGCCAUGCAACACACCACCAACUGA